UUCAAGCGUUAUUUGUGCUAAAUGUGUCUUACCUUGGAGAAAUAUUUCUUUAAAGUUUGUAUUUUCGCGCUGUUUCGGCUUUCAAACCGUGGGCACCAAUUUUAAAUCAGCGGUCUUCCAAAUGAGCCUGUGACGUAUGUUAUGGGGAUCACUUUAGAACGUGUUAUCGUUCAGCUAAGUUUUAAUACAAAUUGCGUCUUCGUCGACCCUUCGUUAUGAGCGGAAUAGAACCAUUUCAGUUCGAACCAGUAUAUCAGCCUGGAGAAGAACCACCUCAGGAAGAGAGUGUAGGACAGGAGGUAGAAGCCCACGAAGAAGACAAUACUUCGAGGAUGGGAAACACCGAAUGGUGUUUGUGCGGCGCUUGUGCGCUUAUGCCGGUGGCAAAUGAAUGUUACUGCUGCCAAGAACUAGAGGAGCUUAAUCAAAAGUUCGACAAUUCAGGUGUUAGAUGUAUAACAGAACAUCCGAAAUUUGGUAUUGUGUGCCUGGACACGGAUGUUUUGAGCACGGCAUUGGUUGCUAUCCACAAUGCGCGGCUCAAUCCAAUUCCCGACCCUAUCGUCAACAGAUAUCUGCCAAAGAUGCUACUUUUGUAAAGGUAGAGCCACUGAGCAAAAUAGAUGAUGACAGCAACAAAUUUCCAGCUGCCAUCCCCUCAAGCAUUGGCUGGCUUUGCCAGGAGUACUUAUGAUUAUUCAUACAUUCUAGGGUGACAAAUAGUUGGCUUCCUUGUGUGGAUUGGUUCCUCUUAAUCACAACUGCACCACACUCAGGACAGUACUUAAACAAUUUAAAUAGCUCUUGUUUAAAUACAAUGUAUUUGGUAUCAUCCUGUGGCUUUUCGCAUUUUGUUUCCCCUUGGUGUUCGUUGUCUGAUCCUGACAAGUUCGAAUCAUCUGAAUCUUCCUGUUUUGUGGGAAGGUAGAUGCCAUCUUUUCUUGGAGAGACUUCUGGGGAAGCAGCAGCUUCAGUUGCUUCUCCCUUGUUAUCUUCAAUUUCAGGAAGGAAUACCUCUUCAGUCUGGGUGCUGCUUUCUGAAACAUCAACCUCGACUUGGGUGUCAGUAGAUUUCAUCAUUAAAUGAAGACCACGAAGAUUGACUUGGAUCCCAAAAUCCACACCCUUGUUUGGCAAAUUCACCUGCACUGCUUGUGACUCAACCAACGUGCUUUUAGGCCCUAAAUCAUGUGGGAAUGGAUAUGAUGGGCUGUCUGAGGUUGAUGUACUUGCUCCACAAUUCACUACAUCAACAGGUGCAGGCUGUUCUAAAGCUGAAGCUGCAUGUUCUUCAAUUCCACAACUAGGUUGUGCAGUGAUAGAGGCUAUAUACUAUAACAGAAAAAAUAUUAACUCUGUUAUGGUAUGGGUUAGUGACCCUUUGAGAGAAUGAAAAAUGUGGGUAUGAGGGAUAAACUAUGCUACUAUAUGGUUACACAAUGAUUCAAUGGGAUUUUCUUGGAAAAUAUAACACCUGACCCUGCCCUCCUUUGGUUGAAAGCCUGCACUGGUUUUAACUUAGAAUUUCCAGUUGUAUUAAGUUUUUAUUCACAUAGAGGUAAAGAAGGUUAAAAGAAUUCAUUAUUUAAAGAAUAAUAUCCACAACUUACAUAUAGUCUAUUUGUACUAAUUUUA